CAGGGUCUAUUCAAGGCCACCAAAGUGCUACAAGAAGAUUAUGGCUGCAUGCAUGUGAACUUUGGUCGCCCAUUGUCGGUCAGAGAACUGUGCCAGGGCAAGAUAAACCGAGGCCAAUACAGCCUCACACCAAGAGACUUGCCACAGGUGCCCGGUCCGGAUGUCCAGGCAUGUGUGAAUUGGCUGGCCCACCUCAUAAUCAGAAUUCAGGAGGAGGGGUCAUACAUAAGCCCCUGGUCCUUAAUGGCCUGUGUGUUAGUUCAGUGUCCUACAUCCACACUGACAGAAGGAGGCAUGGUCUGGUGCGAGCUCAGAGACAGAACUCUUUGGCUUAAAAAGUUGGCACUACGAUUUGGGGCUCGUCUCCACUGGCCAGAACAAGUAUCAGACCAAGACGUGCUGUUGUCAAUGGUAGCCCUUCAUCACUCCAUAGUUGCUCAUACGGAGGACAGGGUCUGUCUGGUUCGGGAGGAGGUGCCUGUGAGAAAACAUCCACUCAGUGCAGAGGAGGAAGUAAACAGAACAGCAGCGGCAAUGCUCAUGUUGGCUUCUUACAGAAAUCAGUCUCUGCACAUUUUCCUUCGUCCUGCCAUGCUCACAACUGCCAUCCAAGUCACAGAGAGCACACAAAGAGAUGAGCUCUUUACAUUUUUCUGUUUCUUGAAGGACAUAUUAGCUAAUGAAUUCAUAUUUGUGCCUGGAAAAUCAACUCAGGACUUUGAAGAGGCAUGUUUGCUAAUGAAGGACUGUGGAGCCGUUCAUGUCAAACCAGAGAAAGUGACAGUGACAGAGGCUGGACAUGAGGUGCUGUCUUUCCUGUGUGCUCUUCUACAACCUUUUAUUCGGUCAUAUCAGGUGAUGCUUGAUUUCUUCACUGAAUAUGAAACCAACAACAUUUCAGAAAAAGAGUUGCAUCCUGCUGUUCGAAGCUUUGCUAUGAAGCUCAUCCUAUCAGGUGAACUUCAAACUUAUGAAUCUCUGUCAUCAGACACACAGAAAAAUAUCCUGUCUGCACUAUGCACCUUGGGGGUUUUGACCAAAUUUAGAGGGUCAAAAGACAAUGAAUAUCAAGUGGACAAAGCAGCUGUGAAAAGAAUUAGUGACAUUCUUUAUGGAAAAAUCCCUCCCCAGUUGCUCCAGAGGACUCUUUAUGCAAAGCUCUAGUCUUCUCUAGAGCAGGUCCAUGUACAGCAUCAACUCACAGCCCUACUUACCCCAUAACCCUGUUUAUUCAUCCUCUGUCCCUUUCAGUACAGACUCUCACUGGACAAACUGCUGCAGAAAUAUCCCCGGUGCCAAAACUCUGGCUUAAUCUUUCUAUUCACACUGUUUUUGUAUAACCAUAUACAAAUUUGUGAAAUGUGAAGCCCUAUACUUUUGAUACAUUCACUCCAUCACCUGCUGCCAUUAAUGCACACCUUGACUAAUUCAAAAACUCAGAAAGUGCUCUUAUAAUUGACUGAGAUCAAUAGCCUCACUUUUCCCAUUAUAAAAAUGCAACAGUGUGUUUCAACAUUUCUUUAAAUAUAUUCUGCUAACCUUUAAUUUGUCUCUGAAAUAACUAAUUAAUAAAGUAAUGUGACCUAAAUGUAUGAUAAAAAAGUAGGUUGAGACAUGAAUUUAAUAUUUUAAUAAAUGUUUUGUAACAAAGUGCACAUGUAUAUGAUCAGCUGUUGCCUUUUUUCAGCACCUGCAAAAUUUCUGACUCACUGUCAGUAACAAAAGGCCGCUUAGUGCCCUUAAAGAGCUUGUAUCAAACAAAGUGACAAUCAUCUGUAAAGAGGCGGCACGUCAACUUUGAUUCGCAGAGCACUGACAGGAUCUUGACAAAACACCGAGAUGUAUUCAAGUACUUUGGAGUUGAGCUUUUUCUCACUUUCUUUGGCUCUUACGCGGUCUUUGUCCCAUCUUUCCUUUUCACCAUUCAUUUGGGAGAACAGAUUAAGCUGAAUGGUGCGCAGUGUGGCCGCGAGGACGUAAAAGCCCCCCUGCAUCAUGUGGCAGAAGGCGGAGCCCAGACUGAGCGCUGCGCCCAUCAGGUUAGGCACAGUCUCACAAACCACACACAUGCCCUCCAAAAAGUGCAGCGUGCCUGUCUUGGCCAGCGGCUUGCCGUGCUGCAGAUACUCGGGA